GGCGAGCUGAGCUGAGCUGGGUAGCUCUCCCAUGCAAUCGAUGCACCACGCAUGGUACAGAAGAAUCAAGGAGGCCAGCAGAUCCCGCUAUUUCAUCAGAACAAAAUGCUGGACACGAUUGCCUCGAUCGUCGAUUCGAGUGAGUGCGUCCAACCAAUAAUCGGUGCAAUCCCCGCGAGAAUCAGACUGCGGAUGCGCCAAUUCCAAUUCUACUUCCUCCGACCUCACCGAGUCUGAUCCUUACGGAAGGAUUCGUGCAUAAUUCCGAUAUGCUGAAUCCCGUCUAAGAUUCUCUUUGCGCUCCGGAGCAUCUCCCAAAGGCGGCCCGAUCGUACCUAGCAGUGAGUGAGUGAGAGGCAACCUACCAGCUCCUCCUCUCCUUGCAGCUGGUUCAUGCAGACCGUGUGAAACAACAACGCCACCCACGCGAGUCUUGUGUAAGCUCGUGGAAGAUCGAUCUCCGCUUCACGAACCGUGGGUGGACAUCGAUACCUUCAUCAUCAUAGGUACAGAAGCGCGCUCGGCCAUCUCUCGAGGAGAAGUCUUAGCAAUUUAGACCUGGUUCGGUACGUGGAGCAGCUGCAGAAGUGGAAUGAACUCGGCUGUAGAAACGGUUUACAUCAGAUCUCUCGAGAGCAAAAAUUCGUUCCAAGGUCUUUAUUGAGCUCAGCGUAAUAACUUCGCUGCUGCUGCUUUGCCAUCAAGCUGGGGACUUGACGGAAGUCGAUAUACUACGAAUGAAACCUCGUCCCUGCAAAACAUGAAUCUGAUUCGUAAUCGCAGGAGGGCUGCGUUAAUCUCAUAUCGUCAAGCAGCGGCUGAGAGAUCCUCUUCGCUUCGCUUACGAUCAUCAUAAUCACGCAAGCACUCAUGGUCGCUUGAACCAGUGCAGUCGCAAUCUGCAGCUGCACUUCCGUAAGGACCUGAGAAAUCAUCGAGCAGAAAUGGUCGCCGCCGCCGCCGCAGCAGCACCACUGAGCUCGAGGAGCUUCGACGACGGUCCAGUUCUAGUGAAGCAGAGGUUUCCACUCGGGCCAUUGACGAUCGGCGUGUUCACGUACGUCCUGCUGAUCGUGCUGCUGCUGGUUCAAGUUUCGGUCGACGACAUGACCAGAUUUUACAGCGAGUACUCGGAUCCGAGGGCGAGCUUGAGCUCGAGCUCGCUGCGAUGGGUGCAGUACCCGACCAUGGACACCAACGAGACCGAGCAGCUCAUGGAUCGAUGGCGAGCUCUCGAGUCCAACGAGUGCCACGGGGUCGGCACCGGGAGCAUCCGGCUCCUGGGGCCGGUCGGGCCGGUCGCGUCGCGGAACGGAAGCGUCGCGGACACGAUGCGACUGGUCGCGGGGCCGGCGCACGAAAUCGUCUGGGAGUCGAUCGGCGACGACGGGCGGCGGCGCUGCGUCGGCGGCGACUUCUUCGAGGCGGACUUGAGCGGGCCGCGCUGGAAGUCGCGCCCGCCCGUCCUGGACCACGACGACGGGACGUACACCAUGACGGUGCAGGUGCACCCAGAGUUCGCCGGCGCGCGCUUCCACCUCAACGUCACGCUGCUCUUCGACAACCUGCACGGCCUGGCGCUCCGUCCGAAAUCGCGCGCGCGCCUGACGCAAGUCCUCUCGCUGACCAUCGACUACGUCCGCCCGCCGCCGCCGCCGUCGACGGGAAAGCCGUGGACAUCGCCGGUGGGGCUUCCCGAGCUGAAGCUGUGCACGAGGGCGGAUUUCGGGAGGAAGCAUUGGGCGGGGCGAUGGACGAGGGACGACGAAUUCGAGUGUCCCAUCGACGAGGCUGGGCGAUAUGAUUGCUUGGAUCCGGAGCUCGAUUGCCCGAGGCCAUGGUGCCGAGGGCCCGUGGCUAAGCUCGAGAGCAGCGGAUGGGUUUACUCGGCCCACUGCGCGUUCAGAAUCUUCCGGGCCGAGGAAGCGUGGCGGUGCUUGAAUGGGACGUGGAUUUUCGCCUGGGGCGACUCGAAUAUGAUCGACAGCAUCGGCAACCUUCUGCGAUUCGUGCUGGGGCUGAAUGACACUCCGGCGCGGCUCGAUCGCAGGAUGGAUCGCGUCUUUCGCUGGCCGAGCGACGAGCGACUGUCCGUCCGCAUCACUAGCGUCUUCAAUGGCAGCCAUAAUGUGUCGAAGAACUGGGAGGGUCUGUUCUCCCUCCAUGACGAGGACUAUCGGAGCUACCUUCGUUCGUUUUUCGCCGAUGGCAAGCUUCCUGACUUUAUGAUUAUGAAUUCGGGCCAGCAUGAUGGUCUGUACUGGAGAAGCGCCGACAGCUUCCUCAUCGACGGAGUGCAGCAUGCUCUGAGGUUCUGGAAAGAAAUCUGGCAAGGCAUGGGUUCGUCUAAAUUGCCGCAUCUCAUCUACCGCACCACCGUCGCCUCGGCAGGAAGGCAUCGUCCCGAGCCCAACAAUCCGGAGAAAAUGGAGUUCUACAACCACCUGAUUGUGGACCAGCUGAUGCGACUCGAUCUUCCCAAUCUGCACAUCGUCGAUAGCUACGACCCGACUUUCCCGUGGCACUACGGAAAUCGACACAGCGAUGGUGUGCACUACGGUCGCACUCCAUCCAAGUCCAAGUGGGUCGAUGGUCAAAUUGGCCACCAGUACUUCGUAGACUUGAUGCUCGUUCACAUUCUACUGAACUCCAUGUGUGCAGCCUGAUCGGCCGCAGCAGUAGCCGUAUGCCUCCAGGACGGUUUCUCCACAGUCUGGAGGCCAGACAUUGUCUGCAUGCUCGUGCACUUUACAUCAAACCCUUUCCUAAGACCCAAAUUACAGUUUCAGACAGAAGCACCACGAACAUUUAUAUUACAGUUUGUGCCAAAUGGCUAACUUCGCGUUCUGCUGUCCAGGAUUUGGAUGUACCGAAAGAAUAGCAAUGCUAAGAAUUUCAACCUGACCAAACUAACAUGGGCAUAAAUAUGCAAAUUACAAAUAUGCAUAUACAUAGAACUCAUAUGAUCACAAAAACGCCCAAAUUUAAGUUAUCCAAAAAAUACACAGAUGAUCCUAUGGUGUCGAGAACACCAUAGGAUUGGAAUGAUAUACUUUAACGUAUAUCUUGUCGAGGCAAAACGUGAAUCGAAGACGUGAAUUUUGGUUUAGGAUAACUGCUGGUUCUAAAUCAAUUCAAGCAAAAGUCGGGGAUAGCUUACGGUGUAGAAAUCAAAUAAGACUUUUGUCAAUUUCUGUUGUAUUCUUAUGUUGUAAGAGUCUUUGAGGGACAUUGAUUCAUGCUUG